AUGCCGACUGUGGGAAUCAAAAAGCUCCUUUUGGACAAACAUUUCAAUCGAAUUUAUUGUAGGUUUUGGGGGUUUAGGAGAGAAAACAAAUAUUUUCUUUAAAAAAAACAAUUUUUUUCAGCGGAAAAAGAGUUCGAUGAGUUGUGCUUUGAAUAUGGUUUAGAGUUGGACGAAAUCGUGAGUUUCCUGGGCCUUUGUGAAGAAAAAUAUGUUUUUAAAACAAUUUCAGACCUCGGAAAAAGGCUGCGGUUGAAAAAGAGCGGGGAACAAACGCUGCCACGAAUCUCAACGACCAAGAAGUCUAUAAAAUCGAUAUCCCCGCAAAUCGCUAUGAUUUGCUAAGUGUAGAAGGGUUAUCCCGAGCGAUUCGUAUCUUCAAGCAAGAAAUCCCAGCUCCAAAAUACACUUUCGCGCCAAUCCCAAAAUCUGGCCUGCAAAAAAUCAUUGUGAAAAAGGAGACAGCAGCAAUUCGCCCGUUUGUAGUUGGCGCAGUUUUGCGAAAUAUUCAAUUUGACGCGGAUAAUUAUGCGAGUUUCAUCGAUUUGCAAGACAAACUUCAUCAAAAUAUUUGCCGAAAACGAACAUUGGUUGCGAUUGGAACGCAUGAUUUGGAUACUAUUCAGGGACCUUUUGAAUAUCGAGCGGAAGCUCCGAAAGAUAUUAAAUUCAGGCCUUUGAAUCAAACAAAAGAAUAUACAGCUGAAGAAUUAAUGACACUUUAUUCAAGUGAUUCACAUUUGAAGGCGUAUCUUCCAAUCAUUCAAAACCAUCCGAAAUAUCCAGUUAUUUAUGAUUCAAAAGGUGUUGUUUGUUCGAUGCCACCAAUUAUUAAUGGAGAACACUCGAAAAUCACUUUGAAUACCAAAAAUGUUUUAAUUGAGGCCACCGCCACUGAUAAACAGAAGGCAUUUGUUGUUUUGGACACGAUUGUUACACUUUUCUCGCAAUAUUGUGCGAAACCUUUUGAAGUUGAACAAGUUGAAGUUGUUUAUGAAGAAAGUGGGGAAAAAGAGUUGUAUCCGGUGAGUUUUCAGAGGGGUUUUCAGCUCAGAAAGUAAAUUUAAUGUCUGAAAAUGUGAAAAUUUAGUUGAAAAAUGAAGAAAAUUUGAAAUUUCUAUGUGCAAAAUUAGUUUUUCGAGUUUUUCAGCCAAAAAUGAUGACAAAUCGAUAUUUUUCAAGAUUCUGGAGUAAUUUCUGAUGAAAAUUGACAUUGGAAUUCACUUUCCAGAGGUUUUUGCUGAUUUUUCGUAAAAAAUUUAUGAAAUAAAGCGAAAUAGGGUUCUCAAAGCUUAUUUUCAUCAGAAAUUACUCCAGAAGCUUGAAAAAUACCGAUUUGUCAUCAUUUUUGGCUGAAAAUCAAUAUUUUUCAAGUUUUUGGAGUAAUUUCUGAUUAAAAUAAGAUUUGAGAACCCUAUUUGGCUUUAUUUUAUGAAUUUUUUACGAAAAAUCAGCAAAACCUUCUGGAAAGUGAAUUCCAAGGUCAAUUUUCAUCAGAAAUUACUCCAGAAGCUUAAAAAAUAUCGAUUUGUCAUCAUUUUUGGCUGAAAAACUCGAAAAACUAAUUUUGACCUACGACUUUUCGUGAAUUGAUCUUUCAAUGUUAAAAAACAUUUUUAAACAUUUUUUUAUCGAAAAUUUGAAAAUUCACAUUUCGCUCUGAAAAUUCAGAUUUUGGCGCCAAUUUGAAACAUUCAAAUUUCGCGCCAAAAUUUAAAAUUCUUGAUGAAAAUUCCUCUAAUUUUCCACAUCAUACCCAAAAUUCAAAACAAAAAUAAAUUUUUUGCAGCUCCUCUCCUACCGCGAAAUGACCGUAACCACUCCCGAAAUCAACACAAAAAUCGGAAUAAAUUUGGACGAUCAAACAAUGGCGACACUUCUCAACAAAAUGUCGCUCGAAGCUCAAGUCGUCUCACCGAAAACCCUCAAAAUCGUAGUUCCACCAACUCGCCACGAUAUUCUACACGCUUGCGAUAUUGCUGAAGAUGUUGGAGUCGCCUACGGUUAUAAUAAUCUAGUUUUGAGAUUACCUGAAAGUAAUACGGUGGCUGUCGCAUUUCCAAUCAAUAAAUUAUGCGAUAAUUUGAGAAUUGAAAUUGCUGCUGCUGGAUGGACUGAGGCUUUGAAUUUUGCACUUUGUAGUCGAGAUGAUAUUUCGGCGAAAUUGAGACAACCAAAAGCUUUGGAACACGCGGUUCAUAUUGGAAAUCCAAAGACUUUGGAAUUCCAGGUAAGGAUUUUUGGGGGGAGUUAAAAAUUGUGGAAUUUUUUCCUAAAAAUUUUGAUUUUCUGUGCUUUUCUUAGCAUUAGAAAUUCGAAUUUUCUUAAUUUUUUGAAACAGUGAAAUAUUUUCAAUAUAAAAAUUUCCAUUUCAUUUUUUUUGAAACAGUGAGAUUUUCUAGAAAGAACUUAAAAAAAUUUUUGAAAAUUUUGAAACAGUCAGAUUUUUUUAGAAUUAUAUUUCUAUUUAAAAUUGUUUCAAGAAAAAUGUUUGAAACAGUGAAAAAUUUUUCUAGUAUUUUUUUUUUGAAAUUUAGUUUUUAUCGUAUUUUUAAAGUCAGUAUUGAACAAUAGAAACAUAUCAAAAAUUGCACAAAAACUUCCAAUUUCCACAAAUUUUUGAAACAGUGAGAUUUUUUUGAAACAUAGGAAGUAUGAAAAAAUUAAAAUAGAAUUUUCUGCAAAUUUUGAAACAGUCAGAUUUUUUUUUAGAAUUAUUUUUCUAUUGAUUUAAAAAUGUUUGAAACAGUGAAAAAUAUUCUAGAAUUUUUUUUUUUGAAUUUUUUUGUUUCAAACGAAUUUUUAAAGUUUGUAUUGCACAAUAGAAAUAUAUCAAAAAUUGCACAAAAACUUCCAAUUUCCACAAAUUUUAGAAACAGUGAGAUUUUCUAGAAAGAAUUAUUCGUAUUAAAAUUUCAAUUUCACCUUUUGAAAAAUUUCUUAAAAUUUUGAAACAGUCAGAUUUUUUUAAUAAAUUAUAUUUCUAUUGAUUUAAAAAUGUUUGAAACAGUGAAAAAUUUUCUAGUAUUUUUUUUUAAAUUUUUUGUUUCAAUCGUAUUUUUAAAGUCUGUAUCGCACAAUAGAAAUGUAUCAAAAAUUGCAUAAAAAUUCCCAUUUUUCACGAAUUUUUGAAACAGUGAAAUUUAAAAAAAAGUUGAUUUUUUGAAUUGAAAUGUAAAUUGUUAUUGAAAUUUGUUUCUUAGUAAAUCAGUUCUGUAUUUUUUGAAACAGUGACAUUUUCUCCUACAAAAAAAUGUUUUAAUCAAAUAAUUCUAAAUUUGCACAAAUUUUGGAACAGAAUUUUUUUGAAAUAAAUUUUCAAUUGUUAUUGAAAUUUGUUUCUUAGUCAAUCAAUUCUGUAUUUUUUGAAACAGUGACAUUUUCUCCUACAAAAAAAUGUUUUUCCCGAAUUUUCCAGGUCGCCCGAACCUCACUUCUCCCAGGAUUAUUGAAAACGCUGGCUUCAAACCGAGAUAUGCCACUUCCAUUGAAACUUUUUGAAUUGCAAGAUGUUAUUGUCAAAGAUUCGACAACAGGUGAGGGAUUUUUGAGGCGGGAAUUUUGAAUUUUGAAAAUCGAAAUUUGGCGGGAAAACGGAAAACGGAAAAAAAGAAAAUUUUUCAAGGUCUGAAAUUUCGAUUUUCAGCCUUAAGUUGA